GUGAAGCCUUUUACACUGGCUCUUCAGCAAGACAGUCACACUGAAAUCAGUCCGUGGAUACUGCAGCCCUCUGAAGCAAAAUCAACAUGAACAAAGCAUUUCAGACAGAAUUGACUAAAAGGAUGGAGGCUGCCAAACACAUGAAAGAAGAAGACAAGCUUUAUCGUUACAAUGGCUUGUUGUAUCCCACCAUCAUGUGCAGUCCUGAGAAUCUCAAAGAGCUGGAGACUUUUGAAGCAAGAGAAGACGACAUUAUGCUGGCAGCUUACCCAAAGUGUGGGUUUAACUGGAUGAUAGGAGUGCUGCAUAAAAUUGUAGCUGCUGCCACAGGUCGUUCAAAUGAAAAUCCAAACAAUCACCCUAAGUUUCCUCCAAUGCUGGAAUUCCUUGAUCCGGCGAAACAAAAGACAUUGGCUGCAGCACCUUCUCCAAGAGUUGUGGGAACUCAUGUGCCCCCGCAGAACUUUCCCAAAUCCUUUUUUGAGAAGAAAACAAAGAUUCUGGUGGUGUUCCGCAACCCUAAAGACACGGCUGUCUCCUUCUUCCACUUCACCAACGGCAACCCUGUUCUGCCAACUGCGGAGUCCUGGGACAAGUUCUUCUCAGACUUUAUCAGUGGAGAAGUUCCCUGGGGCUCUUAUUUUGACCAUGCCCUUGCCUGGGAAGAGCACAUGGACAAUCCCAAUGUAAUGGUCGUGACUUACGAGUACCUGAAGGAGAACCUGAGUGAAGCAGUACAGCAGAUAGCGAGUUUCUUCAACUGCAGCCUGAGCGAGGAGCAGAUCCAGACUAUCACUCAAGAGAGCACAUUCAAAGCCAUGAAGGAAAACUCCAAGAACUCACAUGGUCCAAUGAGCAAUGUCUUUUUCAGGAAAGGGGAGGUGGGAGACUGGAAAAACCAGUUCAGCGACGCACAGAGCCAGGAGAUGGAUGCCAAGUUUGAGCAGUUUCUUGCCGGGACAAAGCUGGGGGCUCAGCUGCAGUAUGAUGUCUACUGCAAGUAGUGCAGACAGGGCCAGCAGCUCCCAGCCAGCGCCUGGAGAGACACAUGGAGGACAGAUCUGGAGGACUGAAGGCUAGAGCACGAGAGAAACUGGGACUUCUAAUAUUCAUGUGGAAUAACCCAUACACCCUAACACAUUCAUAAAUAUAUGUACUGUAGUAGCAUUGAAGUGAUUUUGUUACUUUGGGUGUUUUGGAUAUUUUUUAAACUUUCAAUAUCUGUGAAUACAUAUACCAUAUACAUAAUGUGACAACUUUUCAUGUGAAAUAGAAUUUGUUUUUAAAAAGUGGUACUAUAAUAAUUACUAUUGUAUGUUGUAUGCUAUGUAGGCAAACAUUUUUGUACCUCAUUUGAAGCUAAAUAAAAUUAAUAUAAAAACUAA